AUGACCUGUUUCUGCUACUAUUUUUUAGUUUUUAGUAUGCUUAACAGCCCACUGGGAAAGCAGUCACCAAUGGGAUUCCUGCCUAUGGAUCCGAUUGGCUCUGACCUAGCUGAGAAGUACUCCGCUCCGAUGCUGCGUGGCUCUCGACUGGACAGCCGCUCAAUUUUAGACUCUCGUUCCAGCAGUCCAUCUGACUCCGACACUAGUGGGUUCAGCUCCGGUUCAGAUCAUCUCUCAGACCUGAUUUCCAGUCUUCGCAUCUCCCCUCCAUUACCAUUCCUUCCCCUGGGUGCUGGCAUGUCUCGUGACCUUUUGAAGUUUGGUGUUGGCUCAAGGCUAGAUCAAGACCAUGCUGCACUUGCAGCAGCUGUGUCUCCUGGAGGAGUAUCAAAGCGCUGGCCUGGCACCUCUGUGUGGCCUUCCUGGGACUUGCUUGAAUCUUCUGAGGAUCCCUUUAGCAUUGAGAGGGAAGCACGUCUGCACAGACAGGCUGCAGCUGGACUGAUAAACACUUUCAGAGUAUUUGGAGCUUUAAGUGUUGAAUGGCCUGGUAAGGAUGGCAAGCACCCUCGCUGCCCUCCCAAAGGUAAUAUGCCUAAAGGAUAUGUUUACCUAGUGUUUGAAUCUGAAAAGUCGGUCCGAGCCCUGCUUCAAGCCUGCACUCAGGACCUGCUUAGCCAGGAUGGGCUGAGUGAACACUACUUCAAAAUGUCCAGCCGCCGGAUGCGCUGCAAGGAGGUGCAGGUCAUUCCUUGGGUACUGGCAGACAGUAACUUUGUGCGAAGCCCCUCUCAACGACUGGACCCUAGUAAGACUGUGUUUGUAGGUGCUCUACAUGGUAUGCUGAAUGCUGAGGCUCUUGCUUCCAUCAUGAAUGAUCUUUUUGGUGGUGUUGUCUAUGCUGGCAUUGAUACGGAUAAGCACAAGUACCCAAUCGGGUCUGGACGUGUGACUUUCAACAACCAACGUAGUUAUUUAAAGGCAGUGAGUGCUGCUUUUGUAGAAAUAAAAACUGCCAAGUUUACCAAGAAGGUCCAGAUAGAUCCAUACCUUGAGGACUCUGUAUGUCAAGUCUGCAAUUCUCAACCUGGCCCGUUCUUCUGCAGAGACCAGGUGUGCUUCAAGUAUUUCUGCCGUUCCUGCUGGCACUGGCAGCACUCCAUGGAAAUUCUACGUCAUCAUCGCCCACUCAUGCGAAAUCAGAAAAGCCGUGACUCCAGCUAAGGAUGUGGUCACCACAAAGCUUAUUAUUCAACAUACUCCUACGGCGGAUGUGCUGAAAUGGGAGACAAACAUCCCGCUUCCCUUCAGACAUGGGGAGCUGUCACUUUUGUUUUUGAUGUUUUCCAGGAA